AUGGGUUCACGAGUCGAGACGACCUUUUCCGACUCCUCUGGGUACACGCCAUCUGCCGAGAAAAUCGCAGAGCUCAAACAAAAGUUGCGCGUUGGCCAUGCGCAAUCACUUCCGGGGGCUUCUUGGGUAGACCUGGGGCCACAACCUGCCAAUCCGCGCAAUGCCGUUUCUACAGAGACUCACCCGGUUCUACAGCUCUCGCUUCAAGACCUGCGCGAGAUUGAAGAGGCUUAUAGCGUUUUCGAACUGUCUGGUUUGCCCUUGAACAAACUGCAGGCCGAGAACUUUCCACUGCCAACUCUAUCCGGCAGAAUCAGCAAACAACGCGCUUUGCUUCCUUCUACACAGCCAUAUUUUAUCAUCCGAGGUCUGAAGCCUCAGUGGUUCGAUAAGCGCAAGAAUGUAGUGAUUUUUACGGGUAUUGCCAGCCAUGUAGGAACAAAACGAGCACUGGCCCCUGGUGACCCAAACGUUCUCCACCAUGUAACUGAAAUGACCUCGUGCGCAAACGCCACAGAAUCAUACCGCGGACCAGCUAACAGGAGUAUUGCAUUGCCAUUCCACACCGAUUAUGGGUCAAUUCUAUCCUUUUACCUGCUGUCCAAGGCAGCUUUUGGUGGCGAUAUCUACUUGGCAGACGUCCACGACAUUGCGCGAGAAAUCGUCUCGAGCAGACCAGACAUACUAGCGACGUUGCGCAAACCAUUCUUGAACAUAAAUGCCAAGGAAGAUGGUGCUUACGAUGAGCGGCCACUCCUCUUCACUCUGCCAUCUGGUCGAAUGGCUGUGCAAGCAUCGCGCUCACGCUUGUUCGGUACGGCGGAUCGGCCACGCCCAGCUUCACUGCCCCCUUUGACCCCCAAGCAAAGUGAGGCAGUAGAUGCUCUGCACGCAGCGGGCCAGACUGUUGCAAAGCGCAUCGACAUGCGAGCCGGCGAUAUGCUGUUCUUCAGCAAUCUACAGAUGAUGCACUCGCGUGAUGCAUUUGUUGACGGUAACGAGGAGGAGAACACCACUCGGAGGUAUCUGCUUCGGCUUAUCCUGCAUGAUGAUCGGGCUGAUGCCCCUUGGGAGAUUCCGCCUCAGCUGCGCGGUACUUGGGCAGAACUCUACGAUCACUUGGACGAGGAAGAAAAAUUCGCCGUACACCCGGAACUGUUUUCGUAUAAAGCUGCACACUAGUGAUCGAGGUGGAGGUACAGAUGUGUGAUGCAGGCUGCUGUGUAUGCCUUGAGUAUUCCGUAUAUGGUUCAUACGUACACUGUUUUUUUCCCGAUCGAGUUU